CAGGAAGUACAGUUCAACCUCCAAUGAAAUAUUCCAGAAAAGCCGGUAGAUGGUUUUAUAUAAGGGACAGUUGCUAACGCAGUGCAAUCUGUUCCUUGUUACCAGGUGGAAAGUGCUUGUUGUGUGUUUCUGAUAUAAGUGUAAAUUGGUCCUUACAAGAUGCCAGAAGACGUUCAAAUGCAGGAUACCAGUGAAGUUGAGACCUUUGCCUUCCAGGCAGAGAUUGCUCAGCUUAUGUCAUUGAUCAUCAACACUUUCUACUCUAAUAAAGAAAUCUUUCUACGGGAAUUGAUUUCGAACUCGUCUGAUGCAUUGGACAAGAUACGUUACGAGUCUUUGACUGAUCCUUCCAAGUUGGAGAGUGGAAAGGAAUUGUACAUUAAGAUUGUCCCUAAUAAGAAUGACCACACACUCACAAUUAUUGAUACUGGAAUUGGCAUGACAAAGGCUGAUCUUGUGAACAACCUUGGGACAAUUGCAAAAUCUGGUACCAAAGCAUUUAUGGAAGCGCUGCAGGCAGGUGCUGACAUUUCAAUGAUUGGGCAGUUUGGUGUUGGGUUCUACUCAGCAUAUCUGGUUGCAGAUAAGGUAACUGUAACAUCCAAACACAAUGAUGAUGAACAGUAUCUGUGGGAGUCCUCAGCUGGUGGCAGCUUCACAAUUCGUCCUGAUCCUGGUGAACCAUUGGGUAGAGGCACAAAGAUUAUUCUGCAUAUUAAGGAGGACCAGACAGAAUUCUUGGAAGAGAGGAAGAUAAAGGAGAUAGUCAAAAAGCAUUCUCAGUUCAUUGGUUAUCCGAUCAAAUUGCUGGUAGAAAAGGAACGGGACAAGGAACUGAGUGAUGAUGAAGCAGAAGAAGAAAAGGAAAAGAAGGAAGGUGAAGAAGGGGGAGAAGGUGAUGAGUCAAAACCAAAGAUAGAGGAUGUGGGAGAAGACGAAGAGGAAGAAAAGGAUAAGAAAAAGAAGAAACGAACUGUUAAGGAAAAAUACACCGAAGAUGAGGAACUGAACAAGACAAAACCCAUCUGGACACGCAACCCUGAUGACAUUAGCCAGGAGGAGUAUGGGGAGUUCUACAAAUCCCUAACCAAUGAUUGGGAAGAUCAUCUUGCUGUGAAGCACUUCUCCGUUGAGGGUCAGCUGGAGUUCAGAGCCCUUCUGUUCGUGCCACGACGAGCACCAUUUGAUCUGUUUGAGAACAAGAAACGAAAGAACAACAUUAAAUUAUAUGUUCGCAGGGUAUUUAUAAUGGAUAACUGUGAAGACUUGAUCCCAGAAUACCUUAAUUUUAUUAAAGGUGUAGUUGAUAGUGAGGACUUGCCACUUAACAUUUCACGAGAGAUGUUGCAACAGAACAAGAUUUUGAAGGUCAUUCGUAAGAACCUGGUAAAGAAAUGCUUGGAGCUAUUUGAAGAAUUGUCUGAGGAUCCAGAGAAUUACAAGAAAUUCUAUGAGCAGUUUAGCAAGAAUCUGAAACUGGGAAUCCAUGAAGACAGUUCAAACCGCAAGAAAAUCUCAGAAUUGCUGCGAUACUCUACUUCUGCAUCUGGAGAUGAGGUUUGUUCCUUGAAGGACUAUGUUGCUCGCAUGAAGGAGAACCAGAAACACAUUUACUUUAUCACUGGUGAGAGCAAAGAGCAAGUAGCAAAUUCCUCGUUUGUUGAGCGAGUGAAGAAGCGUGGUUUUGAGGUGGUAUACAUGGUGGAACCCAUUGAUGAAUAUGUGGUGCAGCAGAUGAAGGAAUAUGAAGGAAAGCAGUUGGUGUCUGUGACAAAGGAGGGUUUGGAGUUGCCAGAAGAUGAUGAAGAGAAGAAAAAGCGUGAGGAGGACAAGGCUAGAUUUGAAUCUCUCUGCAAAGUCAUGAAGGACAUCCUCGAUAAAAAAGUGGAGAAGGUUGUAGUUAGUAACAGGCUAGUGGAAUCACCAUGCUGCAUUGUCACUUCACAGUAUGGCUGGACAGCUAAUAUGGAGCGUAUAAUGAAGGCACAGGCUCUGCGAGACACAUCUACAAUGGGCUAUAUGGCAGCAAAGAAACACUUGGAAAUCAAUCCUGAUCAUCCAGUUAUGGAAACUCUCCGCCAGAAGGCUGAGGCUGACAAGCACGACAAAGCUGUAAAGGACCUAGUUAUGCUUCUCUUCGAGACUGCUCUGCUGUCGUCAGGCUUUGCGCUGGAGGAACCUCAAGUUCAUGCAGCCCGCAUCUAUCGUAUGAUUAAAUUGGGUUUAGGCAUUGAUGAGGAAGAUCCACAGGUUGCUGAAGAAACAUCUGCAGAUGCAGAAAUGCCACCAUUGGAAGGAGAAGGUGGAGAAGAUGCUUCACGGAUGGAGGAAGUGGACUAAACAAGUUUGUGAAUAUUAAGUGGUUGAAUUAAUAAAAGAACUUACAAAAUAUGUUUACAAGUUAAAUGGCAGUUUUCCCAUUUUUAUGUGUUCUCAAUUUGAAUUGUGUUGUAAAUAGACGGUAUAUUUGUACAAUGUACAUUGCCAUUUCAUGUUCAUCUUAUUUAACUUUCGAGUCAUUCCAUAGUGCUGUCUCAUUGUACAUGUGUUCAGAAGUGUCACUAGUUGCACAAGUUCUUGAAUAAAAAUUUGUCUGUAGA